AUGGGUGCCGGUGCGGCUGCUCUGUCGGCCCGCGGCCUCCCGCCGCCGCUGCUACUGCUGCUGCUCGUCUUCCUGCUUGGCGACGGCGCCCGCGCCGCGGUGGACACGGGCGGGCUGAGCCGGGCGGCGUUCCCCAAGGGGUUCGUGUUCGGGACGGCGACGUCGGCGUUCCAGGUCGAGGGCAUGGCCACCGGAGGCGGCCGCGGGCCCUCCAUCUGGGACCCCUUCGUCCACACCCCCGGUAACAUCGCGGAAAACGCGAACGCAGAUGUGACCACAGACGAGUACCACCGCUACAAGGAAGAUGUCGAUCUCCUGAAAAGCCUGAAUUUCGACGCGUAUCGGUUCUCAAUCUCAUGGUCCAGGAUCUUCCCAGAUGGGGAGGGAACAGUUAAUAAGGAAGGUGUAGCGUAUUACAACAGUCUGAUAGACUACGUCCUUAAGAAAGGGCUUACUCCCUAUGUCAACCUUAACCACUAUGAUAUCCCUCUUGCGCUUCAGAAAAAGUAUCAAGGCUUCUUAAGCCCAAAGAUCGUAAACAUAUUUGCGGACUAUGCUGAAUUUUGUUUCAAGACUUAUGGUGAUCGAAUUCAGAACUGGUUCACAUUCAAUGAACCGAGGAUAGUGGCCGCACUUGGCUUUGAUACUGGAACGAACCCCCCUAACAGGUGCACCAAAUGUGCCGCCGGUGGGAACUCAGCAACAGAGCCUUACACUGUUGUUCAUAACAUUCUCUUAUCUCAUGCUACUGCAGUUGCAAGAUACCGCAAUAAGUACCAGGCAAGUCAGAAAGGCAAAAUUGGGAUAGUUCUGGACUUUAACUGGUAUGAAGCUGUUACCAACUCAACUGCAGACCAAGCAGCAGCUCAAAGGGCUAGGGACUUCCAUGUUGGUUGGUUUCUCGAUCCACUAUUAAAUGGUCAAUACCCGAAGACCAUGCAAGAUAUAGUAAAAGAGAGGUUACCUAGUUUCACACCUGAACAAUCUAAGUUAGUCAAGGGCUCCGUAGAUUAUAUUGGGAUAAAUCAAUAUACAGCUACCUACAUGGCUGAUAAUCCAUCGCUCCAGCAAACACCGACAAGCUACUCGUCUGAUUGGCAUGUUCAAUAUAUCUUUCAGCGAAAUGGUGUGCCAAUUGGUCAGCAGGCAAAUUCCAAUUGGCUUUACAUCGUCCCGACGGGCAUGUACGGUUGUGUGAACUACAUAAGGGAGAAGUACAAGAACCCGACAGUCAUUAUAUCUGAAAAUGGAAUGGAUCAGCCUGGAAACCUCACACAUGAUGAGUUCCUGAAAGACACCACAAGGGUCGAGUUCUACAAGAACUACCUGACCGAGCUGAAGAAAGCGAUCGAUGAUGGCGCGAACGUGGUCGGCUACUUUGCAUGGUCUCUCCUCGACAACUUCGAGUGGCUGUCGGGUUACACAUCCAAGUUCGGCAUCGUCUAUGUCGACUUCAAGACUCUGAAGCGAUACCCCAAGGACUCGGCCUACUGGUUCAGAGACAUGCUGGCAGGAGCAGGGGCGAAAGACGGUUCAGGCUCUCCCGCCAGCAGACGGGCUGGUUCAGGCGCUUCAAGCAGCAAUCUAGCAGCUGGUUCAGCAGCCUCGAGUAGCCCCCGGGUUCUGCUUCCUCUGUUGGUUUCCUUGUACUUGGUUCUUCCAUCCAUCUUCUUGUUCUCUUUGUAGAAGUGGAGUCCUGGUUCCUUGCUGUAGCAACUAGCAGUCCUUAAAUAAGUGUUGGACGCCCGCAUCAUUUUCGUUUUAAAAUUGUGCUACAGCGAAGAGUGUUUUGGAACAGCCUGAAUGAGGGGUCCGCUUGCUUAGUUUCAGAGUGUUGUUACUUGUUAUUGUGUAAAUAGUGGACGCGAUGAUUCAGACCCAGAUCAGUAUGGGUGAUGUGUCCCUAAGCUUAUAAUCGGGUGAUGUGCCUAUUUUUGUGGACGCUGUUCGCACGGAUUGAGACUGUGACUGCAA